UUUGUCAGGACAGAGCUGUACCCUGCCUAUCAAAUACCAGUUUGCACCUUCAGGGCUAAGUAGCUAGGAGGCUCCAAAGAGAAGUUUUGCAACCUGAAAACUUAAAGAAGUUCACACCUGAAUUGUACUGCUGGUGAAGCAGGAAAUGAGUGCAGUUCUGACUACAGCUCCACGAUGCAUGCAACUGAUUGAGGUUAGCAGCUGAAGAUGUGAUUUCUCAGCCUCCUGCUCCGGUUGCCUUCUACCAUUAUGGACUCUGCCUCUAACUUGCAGGUAAAAGGGACAUUUCAAGAAGAACAGAAGAAACAGCCUAAGUUUAUAGAUGGAGAAACUGAAGCCCACUAGGCAAACGUGAGCACUUAAGUGAGUAAACUAAUUUUAUGACUUUGGACAAUUAAUAAUCUUUAAGAUAGAAUUGUGUUUUUUUUCCCAGUAUAUGUAUAUUUGAAAAUGGCAUCUAUCCUAUGUGAUCAUUGGAAGGAACAGAUGAGAAAAUGUAUAAAACAUCAGGCAGGGACCUGGUGAUUAUUAAAGAGCUGUUAAAGCAUUAUUUACAAAUGAAUGUCUACAGUGUUUGAAUAUGAUUAGCAUAAACAGCUUUUUUAAAACUCCUGAUUCUCCCAGCGAAGAGGCCUGUCUUGAAUAGAGGUAUAGGUGUCCUUACUCACUUCAGAUGACUUCUGGACCUGUCUACCAACUAACUACCAAGUGACUAGGAACAACUAGCCAGGAAAAUAUUUCUGAAGUGCUUGGUUAGUCCUCUGCUCCUGGGGUCACAGUACACUAAUAAUGACACAGGGAUAAAUGUUUAAGGUAAGGGCUCUAUGAAGGAGAAUGUUGCUUUCAUCCUCCAAACUCUGCAGAAUGCCUGGACUCACUUGGGACACCUUUUAAUCACAAACUUAGUGUCAACAUGGAAGUGUGUGUUUGAGGUUUUGGCCACUCAGAAUGGCUUGACACAGAAGACCUGAACUUCCUUCUGACACACAGUCCCACCAACCACACAUUCACAUUUCUGUUUUAUCUCUGAAUCUUUGGUGUUUUCCAAUUUUUAUUUAUACUAUGUUUUGUGGGUUGGCAAAACAGACCUAUCAUCAAUUAUUAGAGAUAAAUUUUUGCUCCUAUUUCUUGCUGAGCUAUUUGGGAACACCAGCUGCUCAUAUGCAUUAUUGACCAAGUACAGCCUAGCAACCAUUCAGGAUAAUGGGUUAUAGGCUUCAAACUAGGCAUCUAGUGAAAUUUGCUGAAUUUGAUGUUUCUAGUUUUCAGGAGGAAGGUGUUAUAGAUAAGUGCACUAUAAAUGAGCCCAGUAACAGAAGAUCUAUGUAUUUAGAUAAUAUCCUUUGUACAACUCUCUUCCAUCCUGGGUUCUCUAAUAUUCUUAAAUACAACUCUUCUUUUUUAUUGUUUGCUGUUAGAAACCAAAACUUAUGUUAAUCAAAACGUAGCUAUGUUGUAUUAAUCUCAAAUACUUGUCCUGUUUUUUUUCUUAUAAACUUUGGAGCUCAGAAAGGAAACUAGAAAUAGUUUCUGAGUCCUAGCCAAACCCCAAAGUCUUGAUCAGAAUUGCUUUGUAUCUGUUCACUCUAGAUCAAUGACAAGACUUGAUUCAGAAAAAUAAAAAGCAAAUAAAAAUGUAUCUUAAAAUUCUUGUGUCUAUUCACCAGAGAACACAACUUAGACAUGGGUGUAAGCCAAUAGAAAAUCUUAAUUAGCUGGUCAGCGACUACACUGGGUGAUCAGGAUCCCAGUGCAGCCCUGAGCCUUUCUGAGAGUGAGCCACUUCUAAGCACAAAAAUUAUGUUCUGGUUGAGUUCAUUAGCAAGAGCAGUUAGCAAGAAGCAGAACUGCAGAAGCUAAAAAGCAAAGUUAGUACAUUUAGAGACUUUUACAGAACUAUGGACUUUGAUGGAUUGAGUCUUUGUUUUACUCUUGGCCAGUGUAUAUGUAUGUGCUCAGUUUUGUGGCCUGAAUGGUACUUCCAUUUUGUGCUACUAUCUGGGGGCUUACUAAGGUCUGGGGUCCUAUUGCAAAAUAUUAAACUCCAUUCUUUUCAUUUAGCAAAUCCUAUUAAGUGCCUCAAGGUGCAACAAAUUAUAGUUGUUUGAUUCCUAUUGCUUGUGCUAGACAAUAGUAAAUAAGCAUUUGGAAAUGAGAAAGUUAGUUAAAAUUGUACUUUAUUUUAAAAGACCAUGGGUCCUUCUGCACCCCAGUCCCCAUUAGUUAAACCACUACUUAAGCCUUAAAUUUUAUGACUCAUUAGUCAACUGAAAGGAUAGGAAUGUAACUUCAAAAAACAGUUAUCAUAGAUUUGUCAGCAGAGGCAGAGAUUGAGUAUACAUAAUAUAUUCAGAUCUAUUUGUUUGUGGGUUGCUUCUGAUUUAACAUGAUGCACUGAAUUAAAACAUUUGUAUAAAGCAAACAAAAGUGUGCUAUGUUAACUACAAACGUCUCUCCGUGUUAGUUUAAUAUGUGAUGAAAUGGUAAGGCUAGUGUAGAAUGGAAGCUAUUCCGGGGGAUUUUGAAAUGUUCUCGUUCUUUGGAAAUGGCUCUCCAAAUCCAAGCAUAAUUUAAUCCUGGCUUAUAAGCCUUUAUGGGCCACAUACUGCAGCCAGGAGUGUCUGACUCGUCUACUGUGUUGUAUUGGCAAGGAUAUUAACAUAAAUAAUUUGUUAUGUAGAACAUAAAUCCGGUUUUAUUUGCGUGCAUAUGGUGUAUAUGCAUAUGGGAAUGCAUCUGCUAUCAGUACACAGAUGGAAGUCAGAGGACACUUUGUGAUAGUGGAAUGUCUCCUCCCAUCAUGUGGUUUCAGGAAAUCAAAACCUGGUCAGCAGGCUUGGCAGCAGGCGUUUUUUACCCAGUGAGCCAUCUUGCCAUCUGAAAAUCUACUAUGACAAAGAGGCCUAAAGCAUAUUCUUCUGGAAUAAUAGCAUAAUUGUUAUCCAUGUAAACAUGAGUCAACAAGGGAAAUAAUAAGCUAAAUGGGAUUCACUGAUUACAGCAAAUAUAUCACUCCUUGUUUGCUAUGCUAUUUUACUAAAUUCUAAUAUCCCCAAGUAACUUUAGAAAUAAAAAAAAAACCUCUUAGAGUGUGAACUGUUUCCUUAAAGUUCACUAUUUAAAUGAUUGCAUACUUUAUUGCAUUCAUAUAAGAAGUGAAGAAGAGCUUUUUCCUGCUGUUCCCCUGGGGCAGACAGGACUUUUCCUGUCUCCCUCUUCUCUCUGUCUCUCUGUCUCUCUGUCUCUUUACCUCUUUUCUGUUUCCUUCCCCCAUCUUAUCCUUUCCAAUAAAACUUCUCACUUAAAAAAAAGAAGUGAAGAAGAGAGUAUUUUUAAAUAUAGAUAAUUGCAUGUCUGUAAGAAAAGAAAUAGUUUGCUUCAAGCUCCUUGCCAUUUAUCCUGGGACCUGUAAGCAGAACACACGUGAACAUAAGACUUACAUCUGAAAUGACUUUGUGCCUCACUUUUUGUAUUUAAUCUGAUGACAUAUCAACCAGCUUUUGGGGGGGGUCAGAUCUGAUAGGUGGAACGAAGCCAAAGUAAUUUAAUCACAAUGGCAGAGGUUACAAAUUAAUUGGAUUGCCUCUAUUCUUAUAUAAUGUUUAACCAAUUCUUGUAAGUUGGAGCCUGCAAACUGCAGUUACAGCCAUAUAAUGGGAUAGUAGACUCACCUGAGCAAAUGUCUCAAUGGAGUAAACCUACCUCUUCUUGUUCAACUUCUUAUCCAGUUCUGAACAUAUCUUAGGGAUUGAACCAAAGUAGAGACUAGAAAUUAAAAAUAAAAAUCCUAAAAUGUUGCAAACUCCAGGUUAAAAUCCUUAUACAGGUUUCAGCUUUUGACAUAUCUUUAAGCUUUGGGGGAAAAAUGGCCAAAGUAAUUACAAAGCACAGCAUAUUGUGGUGUUUAUUUUAUGCUUCUAAACUUUCAUGUGUUAAAUACAGCAUCCUAGGCUGCAUCCCCAGUGACUGAGUUUAUAAACCUAAAUAGGUUUUAAGAAUCCAUAAUUAGAGCCAGGCAGUAGUGACACAUGCCUUUAAUGCCAGCACUCAGGAGGCAGAGGCAGGCAGAUCUCUGGGACAUUGAGGUCAGGUUGGUGUACAUAGUAAGAGCCUGUCUCAAAAAGAAUAACAUAAAUAACACAAACAAGAAUCCAAUGGAACCAUUUCUGGCAGGGAUGGGGAAGAAAAUUUGAGUGUUUUGCUGUUGUUGUUCAGUGAAAAUCUGUCCUCAAGAGGUGCAUGCAAACUUCAAUUAAAUUACUAAUACUUUCGUCCUGGUUUUCUUCUUGAAGGAAGUUUGUCUAUAUUACCUUUUCACAUGCUUAUAGGCUCACUGAUGCUUUUGACUUUUUAACUGGCUACUUUAUCAUUAGUAUCUGCAUGUGUAUUUUAAAGGAUGUUCAAAGUGCUAAAAAUGACCCUUGCACUCAGGUUUCUUGGAACUUCCCUUAUUUUACAGCCAGCCUUUAUUGUGGGUUUUCUUCUAUGCCAGCAUGUUAUUCUAUGUUACUAAAAGCCAAGAAUCAUGCUACUUUCUCCCCACCUUUAGCAUGAAACAGCCCAUGUGUUUCCUAAUGUAGGUCUGGAGGAGAUAAUAUGGAUCCAUGGUGGAUAUUCUCAUUAUGAAGAAUGCUCAUUCUCAUGUUUCACCACAUGUCAUAUUCAGAGUUGCCACCUAUGAUAAAGCUAAUCACCUUAUCUAUAUCUGCUUCAAGGCUUUGAUAAAUGUCAGAUUCAUUAGAUAUGGUUUACACCCCCUAGCUCAGCAACUUCAGAAGCCUGAAAGAAAAUUUAGGCCUACAGAGAUUAAAUAAAAUUGUAAAUGUUUAGCGAGUUUCUUUUUCUCUUUUGUUUGUUUGUUUGUUUGAGACUGGAUCUCUCUAUAUAGUCCUGGCUGUCCUGAAACUCACUAUGUAGACCAGUCUGGCCCUGAACUCACAGAGAUCCACCUGCCUCUGCCUCCUGAGUGCUGAAUUAAAGGCGUGUGCUACCUCACCCAACUAGCAGGUCUAUUUUCGUCUACAGGUGUACAUACCAUUAAACUAAUAUUUUUCUUCAAAAUAGAAACAUAAAUCCUUUUCCAUUUUUAUAUUUUAAUUCCUUUAAAAUUUUUAUUAUAGUGUGUGUGUGUGUGUGUGUGUGUGUUGUAUGUGUGUGUAUGUAGGUAAGCAGGUACGUGAAGGAAUGCUUGUAGGGUCAGUCCUCUCCUAUCAAAUAGCUUCCCGAGAUCAAAUUCAAGUUAUCAAGCUUGGAAGCAAAUGUUUACAAAUAGCCAAGCCCAUCUCACUAGUGCCAAGAUAUGUUCUUGACACAUAUCUAAGGGUUAAAAAGUCCCAGUCCCUUGCCAGGCAGCCAUGCCGUAUGCCAUCAAUCCCAGCACUCGGGUGGCAGAGGCAGGUGGAUCUCUGAGUUGGAGGAUAGCCUGGUCUACAGAGUGAGUUCCAGGACAGCCAGGGCUACACAAAGAAACCCUAUCUCAAAACAAAACAAAAAAACCAAGAAACGCUUAUACCCAAAUCAGCCUUAUGUUAUCAAAUGCACAAUAACUUCUGACUGCACAACUACAGAACAUUUCUGUGACUGACCCUUCAACACAAGCUCAUAUAGAUGCAGUGCUUAAGUAUUCUGUUUUAAAUGACUCUUUUUUUCCAUGUAAAUAUUGUCCUACUUCAAACAAUUUGAAAAAAAUGAAUUAUUCUCUUAAAUAAUUAAAGUUUACCCAGUGGGAAGGAUUUCUGUCCCAGAAAUGUCAAACUGUUAAUUAGUUUCUCUGAACUACAGUCUAUAUUUAGCAAAUAAUAUAUCCCCCCAUGACAAGAAUGAACGGCACAGAACAGUUGGGGACAAAGGAGAAGACAAGUCACCCCUUAGGUCAACUCCCGAGUGACUUCUUGACUGGCUGCAUGGGAGAGAAGUCCUCUUCCUUCCAUAAUCUUAUGCCCCUUGCCUGGUCUCAGAGUUCAGAAGUGACCUGAGACCACAAGGAGGGAAAGCCAAUGGGUCUUUUCAGCAUACCAUAUAUUUAAAAAAAAAAAUGCUCCUUCGGUAGAAAGGACUUCAAAUAUGUAGCAUCCCUUCUUCUGGACAAUAGUGACCAUGAAACCGAACUUUUGAGCAUUAAGUCAGAUGGAAGGAGGUGAGGAUAAGAUACUCAACAUAGGUCAGAAGGUGAAGAAUUGAAAUCAGUGGAGUCAAUUUAAAAGGUUGUUAUAUUUUGCUAUGAUCUCUAUAUAUGAGAAAAAGGAAUACACAUGAAAGCGUGCCUUCUGUUUUAGUUUGUUCCUCAAAUAUUUUAUUGUACUGAAAUUCUGAAGCGAGCAACUCUCCUAUGGAGGCAUUUUAUACAGUAUUUGCAUCUGUUGCCAAUUCACUGAUGUGUGGAGACACUCACUGAAAGAUGGUGGUUUGAAAGAAAAAAAAAACAGUAGCAAACACCUUUAUUCCCAGUAUUUGGGAAGAUGAAGUAGAAAGGUGUUAAGUUCAAGGCCUCCCUGGGUGCACAGUAAGAUCCUAUCUCAAAAAAAGAAAAAUCACUGCUGCAAAGAUGUAGCACAGCACCGAGAAGAGGCAGAAAUGAAGGUAGCUAUGAUUUGCAAAAGGAAAGUCUCUUGUAUUUGGAGAUGUAACCCUGAAAUAAAAGAGAACUUUGUGACUGAGUUACAAUAGCAAAUGAGAAAGUAAAAAUCUAAGUUAGUGCUUUUAAAACAUGUUUGUAGUCUCCAUAAAUCACAGUAGCACCUACAGCUAGAUUUGGCAUUGAUCCACAGAGAAAAAGAAAGACAGAAAGGAGGAGGGAAAGGAGAGGAAGAAAGGGAGAGAAAAGGAAAGAAAUGGAGAGAGACAAGGCAGGAGAGGGAAAGGGGAAGAGAAAACAAGAAAGGAAAGGGGAGAGAGAAAUGAAUGGAUGAUAGAAAUAAAUCCUAAAAUCAUAAAUAAAAGUACAAAAUGCAAUCCAAAGGAUUUUCAAAAUGAGUUUAUCAAGAUACGACUGAUUAUGAAACAAAAGAGCUAGAUAAAUGGGAAUAAUUCCAUGCCUUAAUUGCAAUCAUAAUGUUUGCUGUGUGUGUGAACCUCAUAAUUUAGGAAGGUUACAAUUCCCUCUGUAUGCAGUGAAAACCUAAGUGUGUGUGUGUGUGUGUGUGUGUGUGUGUGUGUGUGUGUGUACCAACACCGUGAGAAAAUAGGGCGUCUUCAUCAGCAGUAUACAAUUCUGUAACAGUAUUUUAAAGGUGACAUAGAAGGCUGCAAUCAAAUAAUUUGGUGUCAAAAAGCCACAUUCUUUUAAAGAAGUGAAAAUAAAAAUGUUGAUUCAUUUCUUAAUUUCUGGAUUUAAGAAAACCAAUCAAACACCUUAAAUAAAGAAGAAAAAAAAAAAAAACACCUAAGUUUCACAGGCGAGCACAAAGAAAGAAAACCACAACCACAGCCAACACCAAUCACAGGGGUGCUACUUGUGGGCCUUCAGAAGACUGGCAGAAACUACAUUUUUUUACCUGUUUUCAUGUUUGUCCAAGAUCUUGAAAGAGAGGGAGAGAUAGAGACGGAGAGAGCAGAGAGAGGCAGAGAGAGAGAGAGAGAGAGAGAGAGAGAGAGAGAGAGAGAGAGACUGCAUCUAGACGAUCCCUUGAGUUCUCAAGUUCAUAAGACACAUGGCAGGUAAGAACGCUUACCAGAUUCCGCAUCCGACUUCAGUGAUGGACCCAACAGCAACCCUUCUUUACCUGGAUUACUAUGAAGCUACAGGCACAGACCAUCCUAUCGUGGAGACUCUUCCCCACAUCUCCUACACAUCUGUCUUUCUCCCUAUCUUUUACUCAGCCGUGUUCCUGACUGGAGUAUUAGGGAAUUUCAUCCUCAUGGUUGCACUGCAUUUCAAACGUGGCAGCCGAAGAUUGAUCGAUAUCUUCAUCCUCAACCUGGCUGCCUCUGACUUCAUUUUCCUUGUCACGCUGCCCCUUUGGGUGGAUAAGGAAGCCUCUCUGGGACUGUGGAGGACUGGAUCUUUCCUGUGCAAAGGCAGCUCCUACGUGAUCUCAGUGAACAUGCACUGCAGUGUCUUCUUACUCACUUGCAUGAGCAUGGACCGCUACCUGGCCAUCAUGUGCCCAGCCUUAUCCAGAAGACUGAGAAGGAGAAACUGUGCGUACACAGUCUGCGCCAGUGUCUGGAUUAUCUCCUGCCUCCUGGGACUGCCCACUCUUCUGGCCAGGGAGCUCACUCACAUGAAUGGCAAGCCGUACUGUGCAGAGGAGGAACCCACUCCACUAAAACUGAUGUGGCAUCUGGUAGCCUUAAUUGUCACCUUCUUUGUCCCCCUACUGAGCAUUUUGACCUGUUACUGUUGCAUCACAAGGAGGCUGUGUGCUCAUUACCAGCAGUCAGGAAAGCAUAACAAAAAGCUGAAGAAGUCCAUAAAGACCAUCAUUAUUGUCGUGGCAGCCUUCAUCUUCUCCUGGUUGCCUUUUAAUACAUUCAAGCUCCUGGCCAUUGUUUCAAGGUUGCAGCCAGAACACCAGUUCUCUUUGGAGUCUUUUCAGCUGGCCAUGGAGGUGAGUGGCCCCUUGGCAUUUGCCAACAGCUGCGUCAACCCUUUCAUUUACUAUGUCUUUGACAGCUAUAUCCGUCGGGCUAUUGUACACCGUCUGUGCCCUUGUCUGAAGAACUAUGACUUUGGGAGCAGCACUGAGACAUCAGACAGUCACCUCAUUAAGGCUCUUUCCAACCUCAUCCAUGCAGAGGAUUUUAUCAGGCGGAGGAAGAGGUCUGUAUCGCUCUGAAGGGAGCGAUAUUUCAGUGACAUUUCAAGCUCUGUUGGCACUCCUAGGAAGUUGGGUAUUGUCAGCAAUGGAGAAAGAAAAAAGCAUUAAAGAUGAAAUUGAUAUUGCUUCAUAAACCCAAGGAAGUGUUGAAUUUAUUAAAGUCCUCCUGAAGAGCUCCUGUGUUGUGCUGCCUUUUCAGCUACGUGCUCUUACGUGGCAAUCAAGUCAGCAAGGGAAAAUACAAACUCCAUUGUCCUUGAACUCAUAGGCUGAUUCUUCGUGUGUGUCAGUGCACCUUCAGGCCUUUCAAGACCAUCCACCCCACUGUUCACACUGGGCUGUGUUUUGAAGAGACACUUUCAUCCGAAGGUAGUGGGAUACAGGACAACAAAGAAGCUCACUUGUACUCUGUAGCUCACAGUUCCUGAGUUACUGGGAUGGAUUCUGGUCCUGUUUACUAGUCUGUCUGGUGAGUCUUCGUCUCCCUCCAGCAUUGGCUUUUAUCCCAGGCCAUUCCUGACAGCUUUGGUGUGGCAGGAAAAGUUCAUGAAGAUAAAGUCACUUUGCACUGAGUUUAUGAACUGGAACUCACCUCAUCACCUGAUCUAAAAUAUGUUAACAAGGAAGCAUGGUGCAAGGUUUGACCUUUGCCUUGUUAAAAAAAAAAAAAAACAGUAGUAACAAUACAGCUUAUUAUAAUGCGAUGGUAGCUGCUUUUUAAGGUUUUAAUAUGCUGUUUGUUUUCAUUGCCUUUAUAAAUUAGAAUUGGAAUUUGUUGUAAUUACAUGUUUCUAAUUACCUGUCAUCUAGUUAUCAAAUGAAAAUGUUACUACUAAUGUAAUUGGAGCUUGGAGGCUAGGGCCCACCCCCAUGCAGAUUAUCACUUGGGGUUCUAAUUAAAAUGUUAGCGCUGCACAUUGCUUUAACAAUUCUUUUGCUUGGUAUAUAUAAUUUCAAGAUGACAUGGGAUGUUCUGUAUCCGGACAAAGAAAAAGAACUGUAACAGAAGUGGUACUAGUGUCUUACACUCUCCCAAAGGCCUUGCUGGGUCUCCUUACCUAAUACAAUACUUACUGAGUCAGCUUACACCCAUAUUUAAAACAAAAAAUUAAAAUGCAAUUAAUGGCAACAACAAAAGACCACACCUGCAAGUGGGCUAUUGUAAGCUUGGGCUUUGGCUCCAGAAAACGUGGGGGUUUGGACCCAUUGUUGGCCUAAAUGAAUUACUUUUUUUAUUGCUAAAUGUUGGACUUAGAAAUAAUAAAAUACAGAUUAUUUUCAGAGACCAGCUUAUCUAAUGUCCCCAAGUAUCUCUCACAGUAAGAACAAUCUCUACUGGACAUGUUCUUAUACUGAACCUAUUUUAAAGCUGAAAGUACAGAUUUUGGUUAGACAAAGUAUUCAAUUUGUUUAUUGUUAUUUACUGUCACAAAAUAAAAUAUUAUGCCCUUUUAUAAGUAUUUUUCAUAUUAAAAUAUUAACUAUAAUAACAUUAAUACCAGUAGUUAACAUACAGCUAUUUAAUAGAUUGUUGCGUUUAUAGAAAAAAAAAGACUGUGUAAACCAUAGCAAAUAAAAUUUUCCGAGAAACUUCAAAAUUUGAUUCCAAAUAGUUGAACAGUUCUUCAAAACUUAAGCAAAAGCUGAACACAGAACACCAAGGGUACAUUUUUAUCAUACAGAACAACGAAACACCUUAAUAAUCAUUUAGAGUCACUGAGAAAGUCAUUGGGAGAAAGCCUGAGCUAUCACUAUAGGCACUGUCAUUCAUGUCUGGUCUUAACUGUUCUAACAACCAGUAUCAGAAUCAAAUAAACAACACACACUGCCAAGAAUUUUUAGGAGAUAAAUCUGGCAUCCUAACAUACUGUAUCUUGCAGGUUACACCCAAGAUUGGUAAAAACAAAAUAACAGUAAUAAUCUGAAGCAAUAUGGUAAGGUUGCUUGUUUUCAUUUACUUAAGCUAUUCUAUGUCUCUUAACGACAAAACCAAAAGUAUACCAAUGUUCAAAGCAUUCCUGAAGUAGUUUUUUUGAAUUUAUCCCAAAGAAGUGCUCCAUUAAACCCUUGAUAAAGUGUUACCUGAUCAUCAAUGAUCAGUUUUCACAUAAAUGUAAUGAAAGCAGUCCCAGACACGCAUCUGAAGAUUCAGACUAACCUGAUGCUUCUUGACAUUCGAGUCAUGUGUCCACUCUGACAUGUCAAAUCACUUCUGUGCUGACCGUCACAGUGAUGAGGGAAGCUAUGCGAAUGACUAAGAAUCGUCUACCAGUGGAGUCACAAACUAAUUCUUUUUUUUUUAUAAUGCAGAAAGCAUGGUAUGUGAUAGUGGGUGGAAGAAAUCUUACCCUGUGAUUCAUUUCAACCCCUCAAAUCACUCUCCUUCCUUGCUGGCAAUCUCAGAAUUGAGAAAUGACUUGUCGGCUGUGUCUGGCCUUAUAAAAAGCAAGCCUCGGUUUUUCUACAGAGCUCAUUCACAAAAGCCAGGCAAUACUAAAAUAACUGUAAAUUUAUUUUUAAAAGUCAUGCCACUGGUGAAGCCUGCUAACAGGACGAUGGCCGCAGCCUUGUCAGACUGGAAAAGGCAGAGGGUCAUUCAAACUGCUACUCUAUUUGCAUUUUCUAGAUAAUCCAAUUUCCUUUGGCUUCCUUAAAUUGGUUUGAAUUUUCUUCUGCAAAUUCCUGUGAUCAGUUGCUUGCUUUAAGUCAUUUAUUAUUUUUUAUUGAAGACAAUGUAAUUAUGGCUGGGAUUUAUAUAGUGUUGUCCAGAGGGAAGAUCCUUCCAAUAUUCUGAUUUUAUUUUGCAGAUUUAAAAAAAAAAAAAUCUACCUUACAAUGAGUUGCCUUUGUUGUUCCUGGUUAUUUUAAUCAUUUCCACAAUAAAACUGUAUUUCAUAACUGAAUUGAUAAGUUAUAAUUGUGUUAUAAAAUAUGACUAGAGAGCCCCCCAAAACCCUUCUUUAAAUGCCUACUACACCAAUCUAUUAAAAUGGGUUCUUAGGACACAGUGAAUUUUCAAUUCCAACAGUCUACUUCCUAUAUAUGUUAAGCUAGUAUGCACAAGAUUUUUAAAGCCCUAAUGUAAAAUUAUCAUGGGACCUUUCUUACUUGGCUAUAUGUGAUUAAGUUGAACUACAGUCCAGUUAGACAACUGUCAAUUCAGAAGACAUGGAACACAAUGUUAACCUAACUUUAUGAUUUGUUGUAUGUCUUUAGCUGAUGUUACCAGUCUAACUUUUCUUGGUUAUUUUUGUUUCUGAGUAAGAAAGUUUAGUAAUUAACUAGUCUCCUAUCACUCCCUUCUAAAAAAUUGUCUUUAGCAAUAGUACUCCAUACCUGUCAACAUUGAUAGUAAAUUUAACACUUUAUUAGUGCUUAUCAAUUCUUUUUAGAAAAUACUUAACUUUUGUCUCAUUGCUCACUCAAAGGAAGUAUAAAAUAUUCUCCAUCCUAGCAUGUUUUUGAUGUGUGUUCCAAAAUGCAUCUUUUUGUUUGCUCUUGAUUAUGUAUAAGGCAUGAACUGUAAGUUGUUUGUACAUCAAAUAAAUUUUAUGCAUAAAAAUGAUAUAACACUAAACACUACCUUUAAAUUUUUUUUCCUGCUAGUCCUCAGCAAACUCAACUUUGCUCUGUUCCUUAUAAAGCACGGACCUCUGCAAUUAAUGGAAAUCAUUUGUGAAAUUGUCACAUAUUCUUGAAUUUGUCGAUUCCAGAAUAACUUAAUCAACUCCAUAGCAAUUUAGUGAAGUGUAAAAUUCAGAAAAACUGCCUGAAUUACAGAAAAUGAGCCUAAAUGAGAUGUCAAUCCUAAGUAUAUGGCCUCACUCUAGCUAAAUGAUUCAUUACUCUUCUCAAUAUGCUUGUGGUUUAAACAUGUGAUUUUUAUGCUAUAGAUCAGUGGGGUUCCUUAAAAACAAUCAUAUCACACACACUAAACUAAACAUAUAGUGUUCAUCAUAAACAAUGUAUUGUGAUAGUUUGUUAAAUCUCCCUAUUGUAUGCAUGCUUGUUAGAGAAGAUAAUGCAAUUACUCACAAAAAAACACUUUCUCAGAUAUGCAUACUUAAGUAUACAAAUCUAUCAUGGCUGAUAAGCAUCUAUUAAAUAUUGUUACUAUGAUUAAGUAUCUUAUUGUGGUUUCUCAGGACAAUUAAAUCUUUCACCUUUUUACUAGUAUUCUAGAUAAAUUACUUGAGCUGAAUGUAACUGUUCUCUAUUUCAUAAAAUAUGGAAUACAGUGUUGCUGUUAAACAAAGAAAAGAACAUGCAAAACAAGAAUGAAGUACUGAUUGAUACUCAAGUAGAGCCUGUUAUAUUUAAGAAGAUUACAAGUCAAAUAAAUGUCUUUGGUCUUUUCCAGUGCUGAUGAAACAUGCACGCUUGCUUAUUCUGUUCAGCUCCCAAUUGCUUAUUACUUCAGCUAAUAGAGAGCCAGCUGUAUUCACCUCCUGAGUUGUGAUCAGUCCCUCAAGGAAGUGUUUACGUGGCAUGCCCAGUGAAAACACUGUCUCUCUUCAUAAAAGUUGUUUUAGACUCUUAUAGAUCAUUUUAAACACAAGAGGAAUUCUGGCCAGUUUUUCAAUUAUUUUCAAAGGACAAACUGAAGAGAUGUGCAGUCAACCUCGGUGAGGCACGUCUUUAAUCCUAGCACCCGGGAGGCAGAGGCAGAGGCCAGCUUGGUCUAUAGAGCUAGUUCCAGGACAGCCAGGGCAGUUAU